CCUCAGGCACCUUGCAUUGAAGAUGCUUGGCCCCUGUAGGUGAGCAUAUUUUAUUCGUUCCAAGAAGGCUUCAUCUCACCCCCUCAAAAAAAGAAAAAAAAUGCUCUCAAAAAAAAAAAAAGGCUUCAUCUCACUCCAACCGACCUCUCCCGUCGUAGACACCAGGCGGCGGCGGCGCUGUUUGCCUGUUCCUCCGGCGGGGAUAACUCUUCCCGGGACAGAUCUGGUACGGCACUUGAAGCUCAAAUCCGGAGCGCUGGCUCUGCAAUCCAUUCCCGUGUGGCGAGGGGGAUUUUUUGCUGUGGUUGUGUGGUGGUGGUCAGUGUCUCGGCGGCUCUGCACCUAGAACGCGGCGACCAUGGGAAGAUCAUUGACGGAGGCGUCUGGCGACGACGAAGGAUGUGCCAUCGUUCCGGGCUUUUCGAACGACGGUGUGCUGAUAGAUCCAAGCGUCAUUCUCGCUUCUGGCAGCGCAGACCAGCCAUCGGAGGAGGUAUUUAUGGAGGAGGCGGCUCACGAUGAGGCUGGCAGGGAGGAUGUCGACGCACCUAUGCAGGAGGGGCUGAUGAAGAUCAACUCUGAAGGAUGGACGCACAGGUUUGAAAAUAGUUUAUGGAGCAACGACAGCGCUCAAAUCAGUCGGAGGGUUCGGACUGGUGCGGCCCCUGAAGAAAGGGAACUGAACCAUGAACUAACGAGUGCCCUUGAGAAUUCGAUUAAGAACUAUGCGGAAAGAAAGAGUGACAUCGUAGUGAAUCCGGCGGUAGGGACGUCAUUCGACUGUUUGGACGACGCAUACAACUUCUACAACCUGUAUUCCUGGGAGGUUGGGUUUAGCAUUCGGUAUGCUAAAUGCAGGCUAAACGUCCACCGGGAGAAGUGCAUGCAGGAAAUCGUGUGUGCUUGUGCGGGGAAGCCGUUGACGGAAAACAGCCGGUCUGCUAGAUGUGGGUGCCCAGCUCUCAUUAGAUUACUUCGAUCAGAAGACAAAGGAUGGUACAUCUGUGAGCAUAGAGACAAACACAACCAUCCCCUGUCAAAAACUUGUGGUGAAAAGCCGUGCUGGAAGUAUACCUGGGCAUGGGUGGCCCGGCCUGAAGCCCGACGUCCCGGGCCGGGCUUGGGCCUCCCUUUUCAGUCCCAAGCCCGGCCCGAAAUGACUAAAAAAGAUCAGGCUAGAUCAAUGGAACUUGCAAUAGCCGAAGUGUUCCCCAACACGAAGCACCGUUGGUGCAAGUGGCACGUGUUGAAAAAAGCAAAAGAGUCGCUAGGGGCUUUGUAUGGCAAGAAGAGUGAAUUCAGAGCUGAAUUCCACAAGCUGGUGAACCUUAUGUGUAUGGAGGAGGAAUUUGAGAGCUGCUGGGCGGAGAUGUUGGAGAAAUAUGGUUUGCAGAAGCAGCCGUUUCUUACUCAGAUUUAUGAGGUUCGUCGCAAAUGGGCGAAAUCUUAUUUCAGGAACAUCUCUUGUGCCAAGAUAACAAGCACUCAACGAAGCGAGAGCGCCAGCCAUGUUCUGAAGACUUACAUGCCUCCUGGAUGCCCAAUGCAUAUAUUUGUGAAGCAACACGAGAAGCUGCAAUUCGACAUAGACUCGGAGGAGAGCUACUAGGAAAAAAGGACAGCCCUGAAUGGUGUGGUCCUGAAGGCUAAUCUGCCGAUUGAGGUGCAUGCGGGUAAGGUAUAUACCAGAACUAUGUUAGAGCAAUUUGGACACUCUCUAUCUGAGUAUGGUCAGUACAUGCUAGAGGAAAUAGAGCCGAGGAAGUCGUACAUCGCUAGACAUACCAGGCAUGUAUUCAGGGAAAAAUGGUGCAAGACAAUAUACCGUCUCCAGGUAGAUGAAGAUAAGGGGGAGUACAAAUGUGAGUGUGGCUCGUUUGAGCAUUCCGGGAUGCCCUGCUGUCACCAAAUAAAGGUAUGUUCUCUUCUGAUAUCCGUUUGAUAAAAAUAGUACUUUGAAAUAAAAGGAAGGCUGGUCAUAAUAUGUUCUGUUGAGCUGCUAGUCCCAAAGGGAACUGACGGGAUGGUUGCUGGUGUAUUUGUUUUUUCAGGUGCUGCUGCAUCUGGGGCACAUGGAAAUACCUAGCAGUUUGGUUCUGAAAAGAUGGACAAGGGAUGCAGGGGACAUUUUGCCACCACAUCUCCGCAGCUACCAGAAAGAUCAAGGGCGUCACUCAAAUUUGUCGCUUACUGCAUUCGAGAUCGUCAGGAUGGGUGAUUCGAAUCCUGCUGCUUAUGAACUGGCAAUGGAACUCAUGGUUGAUGUGAAUACCAGGUUGGAGCCUCUUUGUGCAACUCCGGACGGUCUUGGUGUCCACGAGAGAGGGCAGGCGGAAUUAACAAGGGAAAAUGCGGAGGUCGGGGUUAGGGACGAUUUAACAGGGGUCGCGCCGACUCGCCAGGAAUUGGACAGGAAACAGCAACAACCCCAGGAACGGGCGAAGCGUGCAAGUCAGGAAUGAAUGCUCAAAAUGGAAGCGGGGUAACGAUGACAAGCAAGAAAAGACCUGUUGGGUGACCAAGCAAUGGAAGGGAAAAAGCGCCGUACGAGGAAGUCAGCAAGAGGAGCAGGUUCUGUUCAGUUUGCCGUUUAUCUGGACACAAGAGCACGACCUGUCCGCACCAGAGUGAUAUCCCGAAGGUUCCUAGGCGUCAGCCGAAGUGCUCAAACUGUGGCGGUACAGGUCAUCAGAAGAACAACUGCGGAAACCCCAAGAUUUUGCUUGGCUGAGUCUCUCUUUCAUUCAGACUGGUCAUCAUUGGAGGAUAGAAAAUAGUGUGGAUCAUAUCCAGCGUCAGAAAACGUAAUGUAGCGAGGUGUGUUUCCUUUGGACAUGUGAUUUAACUUGUAGUGGAUUCCGAAUGGAUGACAAUGUAUUAAGUUGAUUGAAAACGUAAUGUAGGGAGGUGUGUUUAAGCUGCUGGUUCGUGAGAACUGAAUAAGUUGUAGUUUGUGGUCGGUAUGAUGCUAUUUUUGUGUCUUAUCAGUCUCAGCAAGGGGGAUUCUGUUUUGUGGAA